AUGAAACACAAUAAAUGUUUACCACAAUCGAAUAUUUUAAUUCGUAUUUAUAUAUUUAGUCAAAUAUUUCUCUAUUAUAUUUUAACAUCUAUAUUAAUGUUUAUAUUUGAUUUGUUGACUAUUCAUAAUAUUCAUCAACAAUCUACUCGUGCAAUAUCUGUGACAGUAUCUAUGCGAGGUCGACGUACCGAAGGACAAUUAACUAGAAUGUUAAUUCUUCAAAUUAUUGUUCAUCUUAUUCUCAUACUUCCAUUUGGUAUUACAUAUAGUAUGAAUUCAUUUGUACCAUCGACACAAACACCAACUGUGAUAGCUUUACGUCUAGCUUUUGUAAUACGGUAG